AAAAACUUAGUAUAAACAACCGAUGGCCUUUUCAGAAACACUAUAAAAGAAGGAGAAUUGAAGCACGUUUAAGAAUCACCUACACAGGAAUAGUUAAGAAUUGCUAGCAUGUGGUCGCUCUUACUUUUAUCAGUGGUCACGGUGGUGAACUGUGCAACCACGGUUACCAUGCCACCUACUACCACCGUCCCACCAACAGUUCUCUUUGACAUGCAUCAUCACAAGGGGAUGGUGGUUGCCGCGGACGGUUGCUAUGAGUACCACAUGAAUCACCAGGAUAUACUUGAUCACGCCAGCAACUUGACUGCUCUAACGCAAAGAGUCAUCGUCGCAUGGACCGCUAGGACAAACACACAAGAAACUGGUCAUAACCAUAUCGAUCACAUGACAACUGAAAUCAAGACCGCAUGCGCUUCACGUCCUGUCUACACCUUCGAUUAAAAUGACAUGCAUGAUGCACGUAUAUGGAUUGAUGUAUUUUGUUGGGUUUAAAUGUACUUUGCGUCUAUGAUGAUGUUAUUACAUUCUGCUGUUAAAUGAGUAAUUAUU